AAAUGCCCAAUUUUAGUUUUCUAAAUCGCUUUCAACCGGCCCCACUGUAUAUCGUUUUAUUUCUCUCGAUAUGCUAUUUCAGUGUUCAAUUGAUAUUGAGCCAUUUGACGCAUGCUCUCACACUGCUAAUGGCCUCCUAUCAUAUGUUGUGCAAUAUUCUUGCACUGGCCGGCAGCAUAGUGACCAUAAAGCACAAUGAAUUACACAAUAGUGACGAGGAAAAACGUUAUUCCGAAACGAAUUUAAAUAAAAAUGACAGUACAUCAGAAAAAAUGACAGCUGUGGAUGGGAUUGUCAGUGUUGCCGUUGCGGCGACCAACGAAACUGAGAUACAGCUGCGUGAAAGAAAGAGACGAGAACAAAAAACGCGCAACACUUUUGGCUGGGCCCGCAUAGAAAUUUUGACCAUGUUAAUAAUAUGUAUUACCCUGGCAUCGCUGUCAUUCUCUCUCCUGGUAGAGGCCCUGCAGACCCUGGUCCACAUUGAUCAUCAAGAUUCAAUGCAUUUGCCGGUACAUGUAAUGAUUCUCGGAGUGGUUGGUUUACUACUGAAUGGUUUCACUUAUAUCCUAAUUGGUGGUUAUACCCUGCAUCAGGGUAAUUUCUUACACAUUAAUCCAAUGGGUAAUGUUGUCGUGGAGGCAUCAAAUAUCACAGUAGAAACGAAUGGUUUGACAAAGGGAAAUGCUGGUGAUCAUCAAUUGAAAGAAGAUCUGAAAGCGGAAUUGGGAAAGGUUCAUUAUCGUACAAGACGUGAAGGACCUGCGGAAUUGUUGCGUGAUCUUUCCAGUACAAUAUUUGUUAUUGUGUGUGCUGUAAUUGUCCACUUUGCCAAGGAUAAGGAGCAUACAGCGAAAUUUAUUGAUCCGGUAUUGUCGAUAUUUUCAUGUGUCCUGGUUGUGGCUCUCAGUUAUCCAUAUAUGAAGGAAGCCUGUAUGAUACUGCUGCAAACGGUGCCCGGUACAAUUGAUAUGGAAAAUUUCGAACGUAAUUUGGUUACAAAAUUCCCUCAAAUCGUCAGUUAUCACGACUUGCAUAUCUGGCAGUUAUCCUCCCAUAGUUAUAUUGCCACCAUCCACAUAAUUUUCAAAACUCCCAAAUUGUAUGAGAAAACCAUAGAAGAUGUCAAGUCCCAUUUCCAAGAGCAUCGUAUAGCUCAUGUUACCAUCCAGCCUGAAUUUCAAGCUGAGGGUGCUGCAAUGCCGGCAAUUGAGGGUGCGGCAAAAAAUUCCAUGGAAUGUUUAAUGCAAUGUCAAAAUCCCGAUUGUGCGGAUAAGUUGUGUUGUAAAGAUUCUCAGGCAGAUUUGCGGGAGGUUAGUGUGUGUGAUGGUCAUGGUCAUGGUAAAAAAUCGAAGAAACAUCACAAUCAUCAUCAUGGUCAUGAUCAUCACGGGCAUGGUCAUAGUCAUGCUCAUGGUCAUAGCCACAAUAAGAAAAAGGCCGCAACAAGCCAUAAACAUGGGAAAUCAUGUUCGAAAUCAGUGACAAAGAAUGACAGUUCGAGUGCCAUGGAAAUGGGAAAACAAGAGGAGAUUUCGGUUGAUUCCGCCCAACAAGUUCCUAUGAAAGAAGAAGACAAUUUAGAAGAAACCCCAACUCAAACAGCUCCCAGUAGCACAGCUACCGCAAAGACUGAGUUAGCUUCGGUAGGUUGUGAUGAUAAAACGACGGAGGCCAGUAAUGAUCAAAACCAAACAACCUGUUCAGAUUUAAGCGACACAACUAAAUGUUAA